GAGAGAGAGAGAGAGAGAGAGAGAGAGAUGGGGAAUGUAGAAGAGUACAAGCCGGUAAUGGCGAUGAUGGGGUUGCAACUGUGUUACGCAGGAGUGACUCUUUCUGCAAGAGCUACUCUGGUUAAUGGAACAAGCCCUCGGGUCUUUAUCCUCUACAGGCAAGUCUUUGCAACCAUCUUCAUCUUCCCAUUUCUCUACUUCUCAAGGAGAAGAUCAAAGAUAUCUUAUUUGGAUCUAAAGAGCUUUUCUUUAAUAUUCAUGGCCUCGCUUCUAGGCAUUACGAUGAAUCAAAAUCUGUAUUGUGAAGGUAUUUACUUAGCUUCAUCGUCAACGGGAAGUGCCAUGUGUAACAUCAUUCCUGCACUAACCUUCCUAAUCUCAUAUCUCGCCGGAUACGAGACGGUGAAUAUCCGAAACAUCAGAGGUUUAGCGAAGAUAUCAGGGACAGUCCUAUGUGUAGUAGGAGCAAUCUCCAUGACUUUGCUUCGUGGACCAAAGAUUCUUAACUCGGAAUCUACUUUACCGUUAGAAAAUUCGUUACUAGGAGAUGUUACGGACCAGAACAUGUGGCUGAUUGGUUGUUUGUGUGUGUUCGCUAGCACUCUUUGCUAUUCUUUGUGGCUAACAUUUCAGGUUCCAGUCUCUGCUUAUUACCCAGACCACCUCUCUUUAUCAGCGUGGAUGUGUUUAUUCGGCACGAUACAGUGUGCAGUCGUCACUUUCUUCUUUGAGAAAGACCCAAACGCUUGGAUUCUCCAUUCUUACUCGGAGUUAGCGACUUGUCUCUACGCUGGAGUUGUAUCGUCAGCGCUUGCUUUUACGGUCCAAGCAUGGGUUAUAUCUAAGAGAGGCCCUUUGUUCUCAGCAAUGUUUAACCCUCUAUGUACAGUCAUUGUCACAAUCUUGGCUUCUCUGAUCCUUCAAGAAGAGAUGUUCACCGGAAGCUUAAUCGGAGGAAUAUUUGUAAUCAUGGGACUUUACAUUGUGCUCUGGGGUAAAGCUGAAGAUGUCAUGAUAAAUCAAGAACAGAGAGACAAUACGAAUAACUCAGAUGUGAAAAUUCAAAUCGAAGAUUCUUCAAGCACAUUAAACUGUAACGGAGAUCUGAAGAAUCCACUACUGUCCUAACAGAAAUCAACAGAAGAAAUCCAAAUACAGCAACAAUUAAACUAAUUCAAGCUUUAUUUCUUCUUCAGUUUCUCAAACUCUGAUAUAUGUUUGCUCUAAUAAAUGUAAACUGAUAUAUGAAUACAUAGUCCAAGUCUAGCUUCAAUAAUAACAAACUAUCACCCUUUUUCAUCAAAAGUUUUGUAUCGUUUUUGAUCAAAUACCCAUAUACAUUAAUCACUUUUUAUUUCUUAUCAUUCUUAAAGUAUGUAUUACUUUUCAGCCAAUGACCCACGAUAUAUAAUCCAUAGUAUAAGUAUAACACGUUUGAUUGAAAAAAAAAACAAAGAUUUGUUUGAAACUUUGUGAGUCUUGUUCCUGAAAU